AAGAGUGAAGUGAAGAGUAGUUUUCAGUUAACUGGGUGGUAGUAAUGCUUUUAUUUUUUCCCUCGUUUAGGUAGCUCAAAGAUAUUUGACGGCCACUGUUGCAGGAAAACACAAAGAAAAUGUGUUACAGUUUGCAAGUGCAGUUGGUAUGCAUAUGUGAUUCCCUGUAUUUUGACGUUUUGUGCGGUUGCUCGAAGAGUGUACAAAUAUUGGAAUUUAAGUUUUGUUUAAAAAUAAUUAUGAUGUUAAAUAAUUGAAAGUGCCCAUUCCUUGCAUCUUCUUAGACAGCAGAGACAGUUACACCCAGAUGCUACUUUUUGGUGAAUGAAGAUGGAUGGUGAAGGUGCUGUAGAGAGGGCCCGAAAGGAGGGUAAUUAUUUUUUCAAGCAGAAACAGUAUGAAGCAGCCAUCACUUCAUACAAGAAAGGUCUUGUCGUGGAAAAGGACAAUGUUUUGCUGUUGUCAAACCUCGCACAAGUCUAUUUGGUCAUGGGGCAGUACACUGAAGCAGAAGUUAUGGCUGCACGAGCGAUAACUCUCGACCCCGCGUGGUAUAAGUGCUAUAACCGUGCAGCAAUCUCAGCUGAGAACACUGGCCAUAUUGAUAAAGCAUGUGACUAUUUGAAGAAAGGUAUAGAAGUAAUGGAAAGAUUUGACGCAUCAAAAAAACGUGAAACAUCGGCAGAGUUGGACCAUUUCAAGAAAGAGCUUGCAAGAAUGGAGGAGAAAAGGUUCCGGAUUAAAGGGAUGUCGUCAGCGCAGCAGCAGCCAUGUGGACUGGUGGUUGACUCAGAUGAGGACAGUGAAGAUUAUGAUGUAGACUCAGACACACACUCUGUUUCUUCUGUGAGUGCUCGUCCCUUUGGAAAGGAUACAUUGACUCGCGCAGAUUCAUUGGGAAAGGUGAACAUGGCAUACGCUGGAAACAGUGUGGAUCGAAGUCGUUCCGCAUCUGUUCCCCCUGCACCUCUUGCCCCGGCUGUAUCCAGCAAAAAGAAGACUGAGGUGCAGGCUCCCAGAGGUAAAUCUGCCAUCUUAAAUACAAAAGAAAAGAAGAGAAAUAAAAAGAAAUCAGGUCCUAUCACAAUGGAAGACCUUGAAGCAGAUCCUUUUAUCUCCUUUUUGUCUACUGCAUCUUUGGUUCCAGAUGACAAAGUAGAGAGAGAAAAGUUUUUCCACAUGAAGAAAAAGGAGAUGAAAACAUUACUACUGGAAGGUUCUCAGGCUCUUGAGGCUGAUGUUUUCAUGGUCGCUGUAGAGAAGUUUCAUACUGUGUAUGACAAUUUAAUGGAGUUUUCAUACCAGGAUCUUGGCUUGAAAGAGAUGGAAGUGAUAGUGGUCAAGUACUUGCUGUGUUUCUCGUGGGUGUCCUUGACUAUCUACGAAGACAUUAUUCAAGCCAUCAAGAUGCUGCAGGAGCUGGAGAAUUCGCACAGCUCCAAGUUCCCUGCCAUCUACUACAUUCUAGGACUGGCAUUUUACAGGUUGAACAGGUUCAAGUCUGCUGCGAUGUAUGUGGAAAAAGGUUUGGAAUUCAUCACAAAGAAUCUGCGACUGUGUGCUUAUCCUUACCCUGGCACGGUUUCCAAACCAAUCAAAGAGACAACGCCCAAAGGUUUUGAGACUGCUCUAACUGAACUGUUGAAGAAUUGCCGGACUCAUCAUCAGCCAAAUGCUGUGUGUCGAUAUGAAGAUUGCCGCAAACUGAGCCAGCACAUUGAACCUUCAGAACUGAUAUUUUACAAUGACCCUGACUUUAAUGGUUUUAUUGUAGUUAUUUGUGAAGAAAAAUGCAGGAUUGAGUACCACGUGCACUGUUGGAAAGAUUUUAAAGAGUCCAAAAGCUUUCAAAAAGUAACAGACAAGGACAUGCUUGGUCAGAAUUGUCCCACAAAAGAUUGUGUGACAAAGAAAAAUGAACAUUCUUUAAUAGUGCGAAUUGAAGUUAUGGGUGAAAAUGCUGUCAUAAAAACUUCUCUUGACUGGCAACGAAGCGGAGAUACAAUUAGAGAUGGCCGGACAAACAAGAGAAAACAUUUAAAUUCAGAAUCUCUUUGGGAAAAGCAAAAGCAGCGUUCAUGUCAAGAAAAAUCAAAAGAAAGGGAACAUGAGUCGCUGAGAGAGCAACGUAGACAAGAAAGAUAUCGCAAGUCAGAUCUGGAACUUGAUCAGGAAAAUAAUCAGAAUAACCUCAAACAGGAAAAUCAAACAGAAAAUCUCAAGUUAACAAAUAAAAAUGAAGCGGUAGAAAAGCAUAACAUGCCAAAAAGUCGAAAAGAUCAACAAGUUGAUGAGUUUUUAAAAGACACUUAUAAACCCAAGUCGUUGGUAUGUAAAGGUGUGAAAAUCAUCACUGUUAAGAACGCUGAGGAUAAGAUAGUUCUUUCAGACCAGAAGACUCAGACCGAACACUCUGUAAUGAUGUGUAAAGAUGAAGUCGGGAUAUCACAAGAGAGUCUCUAUGACAUUGAGAGUGAGUACAUCGAAAAUGAAGACUAUGAGGUUGAUGUUGGCAUUCAGAUGAACCUGCAUGAUGAAGACUGUGGUUCCGACUUAACUGAGGAAGCACUGUUAAGCAUGUAUGAUGCUGAACGAAGUGAGCCGGAUAGAACUAAAGAGUUAUUUAUGUGGGAUCCUUCCAAGCCGUUCUGUGGUUUUGAAGAAGUCAGGAGACCUAACAGAUUUCUACCAGAGAGUGUAAUAGAAUGCCCUGAAGAUGAAGUAAAGGAAUUUAUUUGCUCGUACAUAUUUGAAUACCUACGAAGUGCAGAUUCUCAAACUGUUCAAGAUGUAGAUGAGAAAUGGAUAGAAGAUUCAGAGGAGCUGAAAAUGGAUUUAAGUAGAGUUAUAGAUUAUCAGCCCCAUAUUAGUGAACUUUUAUUGAUUUCAAAGUCUUUCGUUCAACUGGAAAACCAUUUUGGGCUGGCGGAAUUUGUUCCUGUCAUGUAUGAUAUGCUGAAAGAAGAAUUGCAUGAAAGUUUUUCUUUCAUAUUUUCUCAUAGCGAAGAAAAUCAAGAUAAUAUUGACAUUUACAACUCUCAAGAAGAUCUUAGCUAUGAUGAACCAGAGAGCAAUAAUUGCAAUGAAAUUAAGAGUGAAGUAGACUGUAAUGAGACUGAAAAUAUUAAGGAUGAGACUAUAAAAAUGGGAACCAAAAAAAAUUUUGACAGCGAUAAUUUGAGAGCAGAAGUAGAAGAUUGUAACCAGGUAUUAGUGGACGAAAUAGAUGUUGUAGAAGAAUCAGAAAUGUUCGCGACAGACGAACCUCAAAAAAACAGAAACAGCUUGAAUCCGGAUGCCACUGAGUUUUGCUUAUCAGCAGAUAGCAGUCUGGAAGUUUUCAAAAUGGUGGCUGCAGAGGAAACCAACCUAGAACUUUGUAACAAUUCUCAAGAGUCAGAUAUUCAAAGCAGUGGAGAGGAUUUGCUUUUGAGUGGUAAUCUCCCCAAGAAAUGGAGUACUGAAGAUGGAAUGUCAAAGAUGCAGGCAGAAUGGGAUCCAAACACAAUUGUGAAAAAAUGGAGCACCAGUGAUGAAGAAUUAAUACUAACUGGCAGCGUACAAACUACCAGCGUUCCACAAAUUGAUAAUAAGUUUGCUUUGCCUGACGCAGCUUUUACUGCAUUGGCUGAUUUGCUAACACCAUUCAGUGAGGAUCGACAGGCCAUAUGGACUGGUGUGCUGCAGUGGACAGCUUCAGACAGUCUCUCUUGUGCUGUUACGUGCUCUGUGUUGUGUGGCAGCAAAGUCAAGCACAUCAAACACCAUGCUGCUUUAUGGCCUCGGGAAAUGAUAAUGCAGCUUGUGUCGCAUGACUUCGUUGAGACCGUUGGAUUUGAAUUGCUUUGCAAGCUUUCAGAAAUUGUCAUUUUUGAGCCAGCAGUUGGUGAAGAUACAAAUUCGCUGGCACAAGACUUAGGUUCUAACUUUGCUGGAAUAAUUAUAAAUGGAACAUCUCCUGACGUUACCUUCAUUGUGAUAAUUUAUUUCCACAACACCCAUACAUUCGUUGGGAUUGCACUACACCAGUGUUUCAGCAUACUGUCUGGUUUGCUUGCCAACAUGUGCGUGCAAAAUAGAUUAGAAGUUGAGACAAAGACAAUAGAAGUUGGGGUGCAGGCGGAUGAUGCGGAUUACGAGAUGAAACUGCAAAACUUUGAAGAGGUUACUAAAGAGUUGAGAAUGAAAUGCGAUGGCCAGGAGGGAAGGUUGACGAGUUUAAGCUCCACAGUGGAGGCGCUGCAGUCGGAAAGCAGCUCGCUCAGUUCACAGCUGACUGCGAAGGAGGACAUGUGUGCGGAACUGAUGGGGAAAUGCUCGCAGCGGGAGGGAGAGAACGCGAAGCUGCAGGAGACGGUGCGCAACCUGGUGAAUCAAGUGCAGGGUCUGGAAAGCAAGCUUCACCAGCAGGGAGAGACCAACAAAGACUUGGAGUCUAAGCUGAAGCAGCAGAGAGCUGAGAAGCAAGAUCUAGAGAGGAGACUCGCCGAAAUGGAGAAAAAAUUGGCGGAAGACAAGAACGAGAUAAAUCUGAUAGUAAAAAGGAAAGAACUCUCAGAGAAAUUCCUAUGUAAAAAAGUUGAAGCUGUGGAAGAAACAAACCAAACUCUUCGUAGUGAAUUAAAUGCUAAAGAAAUUGAAAUGAAGCAGCUUUUGAACACAAUAACAGAGGAAAAAAAGGUACAGAGUGAAGAAUUGACAGCGCUACAACAAAAAUUGGCAGAAAUGGAACAGCACCGGCAGGAGUUGAUUACUUCAAAGGAUCAAUUGAAGGCACAAGAAGAAAAAUUUAAACAGCAACAUUUAAACCACGUGCAGGAGUUGUGGAACUACAGAUUUGACACUGUGAAUCGUGCUGCUAUAAUGAUUAUAGAGUGCUGUAAAGGACGAUUGGAUGAGCUGUCACAGUUGUCGGCUGCCCUGGUGGCCUGUGGGAACAGUGCCUUGCUCGCUGAAGUCAAUGGCUGGCUCAGCAUCUGGCAGACAUGUUCAGAUGAAGCCAAGCGACAGCUUGAGCAUUUGAAACAAACUUACCCAGGAUUGCUUGAGAGAGCCAAGUCAGGGGAAGUAGUGAAAUUUCCAGAGUUUGAUGUCAAGUUUCCAAGCCAGCCAAAAAAUUUGGUGGAAGUGGCCAUCAGAAUGAAUAAAAAGCUACCAUUAUUAGCAACGCCCCUGCCUCUGCUGUCACAGAAUGCAUCACAAUUCACAGGGAAUCCUGUUUACUAUCCUCCGUUUCAAAACCAUCAGAUGUAUGUGCCUCAAUUAUCUGGCUUUGCACAAAUGCCGGGCCUGAACAUAAAUCCUUCUCAACGCCAAGUGCCAGUAUUUUCAGGGAACACCGUAAAACAGCCAGAGUCUGUUUCAAAACAUUUGUCAUCUCAUCAAAUGCCCAAGGCACCUGCUACAGUAAUACAGAACACAGUAGUACCCAAGUUAAGAAUCAUUGACCCAAAAACAGGAAAAGGAGGUUUUUUGUAUGAAAAGGAAGCUGACUCACCUAAGUCCCAGGAUAAGGUAGAGGCUGAGGCCAACUCUGUGGAUCAUCCAAAGAAAAAGCCAAACGCAGCUUCUCGCCUCAUGAAGUCAGUUGUGCGGCAGCCAUUGGCUGCUGGUAAAGAGUCAUCGAUGCCCACAACUGCAGACGUUGUGAUUAACAACUCAUUAGUUGAGUUACAAGGCCUGGUGAACGAGAAGGCUAGCUCAACGAUAGCCUCGGUAGAACCAAAGCCCGCACCCGCAGAACAGAAGCCGGCGAUCACGUCCAAGCCACCAGCCGCAUCGGAGCUGCUUGCCGCCGGUGACUCGGCCACGACUGUUCCCGAGCAAGCCAAGCCUGUGGUCCACGCGGUCCCUCAUGCUGGAACCAUGGUGCCGCCCGCCCCGGUGGCACCCAGACCCACCAGAGCACCCAUUAAAACUGUGACGCGUCGACCAUCGAGUUCGGCAAGUCCCAGCCCUGUCAACAAGCCCCCGUCGUUGCUGGAUCUGAAAACACGGAUGCCAGCGACUCAGACUGGCAAAGUGCAACAGAAUCAAAAACCAAAGAGUGCAAAUUUCCAGAAGUUGCUUACAGAAUUGCGGAAGAAGUACUCUAAUAAGUCAGAUGAGGAUCUUGAAGCAUGUAUCCUGGUAGUUCGAGAGCGCAAUAACAACAGACUUACUGGCUUGCCCCUGCCCACAAUCGUGACCAUGGUGGGCAAGGUUCUGCAAGAACAGUCACGAAAAAAAGAUGGUGGCUCAAUGGGUUUAGACAAGUUUGGGAAAACGGCAUGGCACUUGAAGUCUGCUGAAACUGUUCAGUGGUCCAAGCCGAAAGACACAAGCGAUGAAGAGUGCACCAUCUGCAUUGAACCAUUGGGAACCGAGACCACGAUCCUGUUCUGCAAGCACUCGUUCCAUACUUCUUGUAUUCGAACGUGGCUUCGCAACGAGAGUGUGUGUCCAAUAUGUCGAGUUUAUACCCGCAUGGUAGAUGAAUUUCCUCCUCUUACUUGAUUGUUCCCUUCUUUAGGAGAGGAAAGACUAAUUACAAUAUAUGUUUUAAAAUGUAUUUUGUUACCAGAUUUCACAUUUUGUGUGUUAGCUGUCAUUAGUGACUAUAAUAAUUCUUUAUUGUUAUUUUUUAAAAGUUCUUUCAUUUAUUCGUACAUCAGUAGUUAAUUUCAUGUUGUAAAUAUGAAAGAAAGAAUGCACAGAUGCUGAUUAGUGUCAUUGAUUUGUCAGUAUUGAGAAUUAUUUGUGUUCAAUACAAUUUUUAAAUGUAAAUUUUGUAUAUUAAAAAAUCCUCAAAAGAUAUAUACACAGUAUUUAUGUGUGAAAAUCACAUUGCCAGUAAAAUAAAUGCUGAAUAACACAAAAUUAAACUUUUUUUUAUCUUUAAAAUGGAAAGCAAAUAAUAGUGAAUUGAUUUCUUGCAAUAAUAGUCGUUUAUGAAUCUUAGUUGGACACUGAGGAAAAAUUGCAAAUCUGGUGUCCAUUCCCAGGACAAGUGGUAGGAGGACUAGCAAGUUCAGAGAUCCAGUGCCCAAAGGUCGCAACUGCCGUGACCUGCGAGGAGAUAAUGGAGCAAUGACAGCAUGAAAGGGGCGAGGGAAAUGGGAGUACUUUAGGCCUGUGUGAAUAUCAGUUUCUUAGUUCGAAUUGAAUACGAAUACGAAAAUCAAAUUAUUCGUGAAUACGAAUAUUAAAUUUGAAUAGUAAGAUUGAGAAUCAGAAUCCCACAAAAAAAAAAUGUCUUGUGAUUCGUUUUUAUGAUUGGAAUUAAGAUUUGGUUAAAUACUAAUUAAUUCCAUGAUAUCAUUUACAUUUCAGUGCUAUGCUGUGUCUUGACACGCUUUUCGGUGUUAUUUUGGUUUUUAUCACCAUUCACCAUAUAACCUUUUCUCUAGUGAUUGAAUGAGCUCAUAUGUACAUAUUUAAACACUAGUUAUCUUGUUUUAUUGCACAAUUGUCAUAUGCGCAUAAUCAUAACAUCGUUAUUUUAAGGUGUCAAAAUUAGAAGAGAGAGAAAUUUGUCGCAUAAAUGUAGUAUGAUGUUCUUGGUCCCACUGUAAUAUUCCGAGCACUUUGUGUGGGUAGUAAACAUGACAAGAUAAAGCACAGUGCACUAGCAAUCUGUUUUCAAGUUGCUGUGAGGCAGUUUGGUAGUUAUAAUGGUAAAAUAUAGUAGUUGCAAUACUUGUUUGGAAUGUACCUGCACAAUACGAUUGAUUUCCUGUCCAAUAUGGUAAAAAAUUUUGGUCCCGCCAUUUUCUCAAGAUUUUUUUUUUUUUUCAAUGCAAGAUGUUGCAAAUAAACUUUUCCCAUA